CCGCUAUCCACUUCUUUGAGUGCAUUUGUUUCAACAGUUUACUUUAUUUUAAUACAAUUUGAAGUCAAUAUUUUGCGUAGAUUUAAAAGUAAGACGAUCAGUGUAAUCCUAUAAUCAUUCCUCACAUUUUUCAUUUAUUUGAAAUUAUAACUAACUCAAACUAACGUUUAUCAUUUAUUUACUAUUAAAUAAGGAGUGAUUGCAAAAAUUUCAAAAGAGACACAGAGAUGAUACUAAUUAUCAAUCGUUUUCAUUUGAAUUUCCUACUUCUAUGCGCUACAUCAUUUGUUUUAACCACCUAUGGCCAGUUAGCGAGUAUCAAUACAAAUAAGACGGUGCAAACCACUAACCUUACAAAUCUAACUGGUAGUACAACUUCAAAUGAAUCUACUAAAACAAAUAUUACUAAAUCUCAUCAUCUGAUAAUAGGAGCAACCCAAGUCACAGCUACUGAUUUAUCACACGAAAGUCAUUUAUCGACAUCUAAAAAACCAAAAGUCAUCAAAGCUGCUUCACUGAGUAAUCAUGGUUCACACAUUCAUGAUUAUAGUCAAUAUUUCAAGGAAAAUGAUGAGAAAAUGCAGAAACACAAGAAUAACAAUGAUAAAAAUGAUGAGGUACUACCAUCUCAGUGGAUUUAUGGAGAACUGGGUGAAUAUUUAAGUUGCAUAUAUGAGAAACAAGUGAACUGUGAAGAUCGAUUUGUUACAAAUCUACAACUUAAACUGUUAAAGAUUAGAACAGAAAAACAGAAAAAGACUGAAAUCAAAAAAGAUAUGUAUUAUCAUAGAUCAUUGUUGUCAUCACCGAGACUAGUGAAAUCACCAUCUCCUUUCCCAUCUUCUAAGGAUCAUUCGAAAUUAUCAUUGCCAUUUGAAACAAGAAAACAAGAUCUUGCUUUAUCCUUUAAGUUUGGUCCAAAGGGUCCACAGCAACCUCAUCAUCCAUUGACUGACAAAGGAAAUGAACUACCAAUCCAUCACAAACAUAAACGUGAUUCACCUGAAUACCGUAGAGGUGAAGGGAAAUUUGAAGAGCAUCGCAGAAGACACGGUGAACAUCAUCCGCAUGAAAGACGUGAAAGAUCAGAUAAACUUACUUCACAUGCUAAUGACCGACAUCCAACCCCACCCACACCACCAUCACCUCAUUAUCCUCACCAUCAUCAUUCACCUCCAUCACAUUCACACCACGCAGUUAAUAUUCCCUACGAUUUGUUUAAAAAACUACUUGAAGUUUUUCCACUCAUUAAUUCGAAUGGUAAAUACUCGUAUCACUAGUAUUUCAAAGGAAAUUAAAUUAUCCUCAACUUCACCAUCAAUAUCGUAAUUAUCAUAAAAAUGACAAAAAUAAACAUAAAAAAGAUUGAAUCUGCACUAGAUACUACCCCUUGCAAAAUAUCUUUCAUUAUUUGAAGUCGAAAUGGUGAGUGACUCAUACUGAUGUUGAUGCUGUUAUCUUUGCUACUAAUAAAAAUAAUAGUAGUAAUAAAUGUAUCCGG